AUUCUUUGGCUGGUCGCAGUCAAGAUGUGGAGUCUUGGAUCCGCCCUGGUGUUUUUGAGCGUAUUCCCUCAUUGCAUGACCCUCGACGUAUUCGUUUCCUUCAAACGUGGCUCUGAUGGAAGAGGAGUUCUGAUCAACGUCGAACCUGAGCGUCAGGAAUUCUUGGGAACACUCUGCGGCGUGUACGACUCUUAUAGAGUUUGUUCGAACGAGAGCUUCAGGGGGAAAUUGGAGUUUUCGAGUUUAAAUCCUUACACUGACUACAAUUUGACUCUCUCGAACAACUCAACCCAUGAGUCCAUCGCUUUCCGAACCGAUUUGGGAGUUCCUUUCAGUGCCGUGAACUACUCGUCGGUCAAGGUCUCGUCCGACAGCGUCUUCGUCACGUGGUUUCCGCUAGACCCGGAGCUGCUCCAUGGACCUCCGUCGGGCUACAGAGCUCUGAUCUGUCCUUACUCGUCGUUGGAAUCAUGUCAUUUCCUAGAUUUCGAGACAAAUCACGCAAUCUUCUCCGAUCUGGAGCCAUCGAUGCGUUACAACAUCACGGUGUGGCCAUACAACGUUGAUACGUUCGGGGACGUAUUGCAAAACUCUAACCUUGCGUACACUCUCAUCGUGCGAACAGCCCCCGCACGGGUGUCGUACGUGCUCCCAACUGUGGUUGCAUCCGGCCUCAUGCUCUUGUUGGUAGGGCUCUUCUUGACUUUUCUCAAACCGAGACUAUUCCCACCGAAGCCGAGGCACUUUCAGCUGAUUGAGGAAGAAUUUUCGCUAUGACCUGGAGCUACCUCCCUGACUCUGAGGCGAUGAUCGAGGGCGAUCCCGAGGAGCAGCAUGACAGGAAUGAGCUCGCGGUAUGGGGAGAAACGAUCCUGAACUUCACGGACAUUCCAGGAAGUCACCAGGAAUCAUCGCGUCGUAA